GUGCGUUUACGACGUUGAUUCAUUCCUUCUCCCUCCUUCAGCUUACACGUACUUGCUACAGUACUCCGACUCUCCUUCUCCUGUUUUUAGUUCCGCGCUCGACACGACAUUCCCGAACCACAUCUCCGGAUACUCAAAAGCCUUAUGUCGCCUGUUGGACAGCCCACGGAGUCCCCCAAACCGCAGCCCAUGGGUGGUAGCAUGCCGAUGAUCUUCCUUUUCACGAUGUGCACUUUAUGCGCGCUCUUCCUCCUGUGGAGGCAAGCCAGUAGCUUGCGCUCAGUCAUCUCUCAUCAAUUGAAGACACUCUCCAACGAGGGCACUAUUCGCUUAAGCGAGGAUGAAGGGCCCUCGGCACGCGAGUUCUUGGAGGACAGCUAUGACGAGGACAACGAGGGUGUGCGGCUGGAGGGUGCACUACAGACGCUUUCAGAACGCUUUGCCGGGGAGGAGGUGCCAGAGCGAAGCCCACCGAAGCCGGUCGAAGCGUCUGUGUGAUUCGAGUUAUUUGUACGAACGGACUGUCACGGACUAUCAUAUCUAUAAAUUAUAGGAAUUUUCUAUAUCGAAAGCCCCAGUGGACCACCACCGACAUUUCCCCGCUGACCAUUCACCUGACCCGUGGUCUCGCUACACUCAAAACGUGCACGCGAUGACCGAACGACGGGCGAGAUGCUUCUCUCCAUCGUCCUCCUGCUCUUUGCGCCAGCGCUUUCUACCGUCCAUGCCAUCGGGCAGCGCACUUGCGUCGCCUUCCAGCCGUCGAAAACUGCAUUCAGUGUCGUGAGCAACGGGAAGGCCGCGGCUCUGAUGCUCUCCGCGGACGAGUGGCCCGGCGUCCAACGCGCUGCGCAGGACUUUGCGGACGAUGUCCAGCGCGUCACUGGUGUCAGGCCUGCAGUCUCCAACGGAACCGCUGCACACUCUUCGCAUCUACCCAUUAUCAUUGGCACGCUAGGCAAAUCGUCGCUUAUAGGCCAGAUCGUGAACGCAACCAAGAUCGACGUGUCGAAGAUCGAAAACCAGUGGGAGGCGUUCCUGUCGCAAGUGGUUACGGUCCCCGGGGUGGGGCCGGCCUACGUUAUUAUCGGAGCCGACAAGCGAGGCACGAUCUUCGCUUUAUACGACCAUUCGGAGCAAAUCGGUGUUUCGCCGUGGUACUGGUGGGCUGACGUGCCCACGACGCGGCACGCCUCGCUGUUCGUCGAGCCCAGUGGCUGUUUCCAUGGAUCGCCGACCGUCAAGUAUCGGGGCAUAUUCUUGAACGACGAACAGCCGGCCCUGCAGAACUGGGCGGCGGAUAAGUUCACAGCUAAUGGAACUGGGGCCACAUUGACCAAUUCGCCAUUCAAUCGGUUCUUUUACGGCCAACUCUUUGAGCUGCUACUGCGGUUGAAGGCGAACCACAUCUGGCCUGCUCAAUGGAGUAGUGCGUUUGGCGUCGACGACCCUCUGAACCAGUUCACGGCGGACUAUUACGGGAUCGUCAUGGGCACGAGUCACGAGGAGCCGAUGAUGCGCUCGAUUCCUGUCGAAUGGGGACUCUUUGGGAAUGGUCCGUGGGACUACAACGUGAAUGCGGCUGCCAUCCACGACUUUUGGGUUGCUGGCGCAAAACGCGCUGCAAAGUUCGAAAACAUGUGGACAGUCGGGAUGAGGGGCAACGGGGAUGAGCCCAUCGUUGGCUCUGGUCCAGUGGACCUUCUGGAGAAGAUCUACGCCGACCAAAAGCAGAUCCUGGCCGACACGCUGAACGGCACGAUCGAGAGCAUCCCGCAAGUCUGGGCUAUGUACAAAGAGGUCGAAGGUUAUUACGAUCAGGGACUCCAGGUGCCGGACUACAUCACUAUUCUGUGGACCGACGAUAACUGGGGAAAUGUGCGGCGAUACCCGCUCCCCUCCGAACGGAACAGAACUGGUGGGGCCGGUGUUUACUAUCAUAUUGACUAUAGUUCCCAGAUCUCCAAGAUCUACGAACAAAUGUCCAUCGCCAUCGACCGCCAGGCGACCCAAAUCUGGGUCCUCAACGUGGGCGACCUCAAGCCCUACGAACGAGAGACGGAGUUCUUCCUCGCAUAUGGCUGGGACGCCAGCCUCUGGAACCCCGACAACCUCAACGACUUCGUGGUUGGCUGGGCACAGCGCGAAUUCGAUCUGUCCGAACAGGACGCGGACACAGUAGCGGGGAUUGUGGCGAAUGUGACGCGGUUCAAUGCGCGGUGCAAACCAGAGCUGCUCAACGCGACGACGUACAGUUUGGUUGCGUAUCGCGAAGCAGAAACGAUGCUCGCGGCAUGGUCUAAACUCGUCAGCGCAUCCACAGCUGUCUACGACAACCUCCCGUCGGCGGCGCAGCCGGCGUACUACGAAACCGUGCACCACACGGUGCUGGCAAGCGCGAACCUCGGGACGAUGAUGAUCAAGGCUGGCCAGAACGUGCUGCGCGCGAGCCAAGCGCGGCUGAGCACGAACCAGCUCGCGGACGAGGUCGAGACGCUGUUCGAGAAUGACUUCUCUCUCGAGACGCGCUAUCACGCACUGCUAGACGGCAAAUGGGAGCAUAUGAUGGAUCAGACGCAUAUCGGAUAUGCAUAUUGGCAGCAGCCGAUGACGAACUCGAUGCCGCUGAUCUCGCGAGUGCAGAAGAACAAACAGGCGACACCGGGCCCCAUGCGACUUUCUCCGGAAGGAACGCUGGCUGCAUGGCCCGGCGAUAAUCAGUUCCAGUGCGCGCAAGGAUACAACUGCCCACCACCGACCAUCUCUAUCGACCAAUUCGACCCGAUUUCCGAUCGGUACAUCGAUAUCGGCGCGGGGGGACCCACACCGUUCACGUUCACCGUCGUCAGCAACGCGAGCUGGCUGACGCUGAGCCCCAACCACGGCUCGAUCUCUCCGUCGUCGAAUCAGGAAGUGCGGGUGUUUGCGCGUGUCGAUUGGACGAAGCUGGACGAGGGUCUGAGCACGGCGGCUCUCAACUUCACCGCGUUUGGGGCAGACAAAAAGGUGCUGACCGUGAAUGCGUUUGGCUCGCCGCGGGAUCUGGUGCAGACGUUCAUCGUCGCGAACAAGACGACGCCGAGCGCCGGUUUCCAAGGGUUCGUCGAAGCAGGCGGCGCCGUGUCGUUCGAGGCGCAGCAUGCGACGCGGAACAACUCCGUCGGCGGCAUGGUCUGGCGCACGCUGCCCGGGCUCGGCAAGACGCUCUCGGGCGUGACGCCCUUCCCGCGACUCGGCAACAACGAGAACAACUUCACCGCCGGCGCAGGGCCGUCGCUGGAGUACGACUUUUACACGUUCAGCGGCGGCGCGAACGUGACUGUCGUCACCUACCUGUCGCCGUCGGGCAACGCACUGGGAGCGGACCGCCCGCUGGGCUUCGCGGUGCAGCUCGACGACGCGCCGGCGCAGAGCAACUACUUCUUCCCGUCGGCGGCCCCCGGGUUGGAGCCUGCGCAGUGGAACGGAUUCGUCGCUGCGGAGAUCAUCCAGACGAGGAACGUGUUUGCUGCGCAGCCUGGUGCGCAUACGCUCAAGUUGUUCAUGAUCGAGCCGGCUGUGGUGGUCCAGAAGAUCGUAGUGGAUACUGGAGGGGUCAAGUCGAGUUAUCUAGGCCCGCCAGAGAGUCUGGUCGUUGGAUGAUGUGUGUUUGAUCACACCCAUGUCCUCUGUUUGCACUAUUCGGAUAGUCAUGCAUCAUCCAUGAAACAUAUUCCAAAAUGUUACACAUUUCUCUGGCAAAGGAUCUGACUUUCUGAUUGUCUACUGUUAGCCGAUGGAAAGUGUA